CUUGUGUUUCCUGAUAGACUCUGACAGACAGUCAGCUGCUGCGGGAAAGUUUUGACAUAGUUUGAUAGCUCUCUGUAUCUACAGAUAAUUAUAUGUUAUCGUGUUGGAACCUCAUUCCCUCUGUGCGCUUAUCAUCGGACAUCGAUUAUCAUACUGUAAAUCAAUCCGGUUUAUAGCUUUAUGUUUAUUUAAAAAAGAAAAAAAAGAAAAAAAAGAAAAAGACCGGUCACUUGGAAGAACUUUCGGAAUGAGUUUGAACGAGCACUCUUUGCAGGCUCUGUCAUGGAGAAAACUCUACUUGAGUCGAGCCAAAUUAAAAGCCACCAGCCGCACUUCAGCUCUGUUGUCGGGCUUCGCAAUGGUUGCCAUGGUGGAGGUGCAGCUGGAGCGGGAUUACAAGUAUCCUCCAGGGCUGCUUAUAGCCUUCAGUGCCUGCACCACGGUUCUGGUUGCAGUGCACCUCUUUGCCCUCAUGAUCAGCACCUGCAUCCUCCCUAACCUUGAGGCCGUCAGCAACGUUCACAACCUCAACUCUGUCAACGAGUCUCCCCAUGAGCGCAUGCACCGCCACAUAGAACUGGCCUGGGCUUUCUCCACAGUCAUCGGUACCCUCCUCUUCCUCACAGAGGUGAUGCUCUUGUGCUGGGUGAAGUUCUUGCCCCUCAAAAGCAACAAAGAAGAAAACAACGGCACCAUAAGUUCUGGUGAGGCCGCAGCCAUCGCUUCCACUUGCAUCAUGGUGCCGUUUGGAAUUGUUUUUAUCGUGUUUGCUGUCCACUUUUACCGCACACUUGUUAGUCACAAAACGGACCGACAGAUCCGAGAGCUGGAGCAGGUCAUUCGGCUCCAGAACCAGCUGGAUCACAGGGCUGAGAAUGACGACCUGAAGGCGGCUGUUCAUUUCCCUUGAUUAUAGCCAAUCAGCAUACAACUACAGUGGACAUUCAGCAGUGCUUUUAUUGUGAAAUCUCCUCUUAAAGCUUUAUUUUUAAUGUUUAUAAACUGUGCUCAGAUGCCUUUUUUUUUUUUUCUUCAAAAUUGCAAUCUUCAUCUAUCGAGUGUUGCAGCUUUCGACUCAGUCCACUUUUGGAUAAUGCAUGUUCACCAACUGCUACACAUUAGAUAUUAGUAAAAUAGUUUUACUUUCACUUGAAAGUAAAUCAUUUGCUCUCAGGCGCUAACAUAUAAGUGGCCUGCAAAAUGACACAUCAUAUCAUAUUAUAAAAUUACACAUUUUAAGGCUGAAGUCUCUAAAGAACUUUGUAAUGUGAAAAAUGUACUACAUAAUAAUGAAUAAUAAGUUGUUGUUUAGUUGUAAACAACAGUACAAAACAGCACUUAAUUUCUUAGGACUUAAAAUCUUAUUAAGAUCCAGGUCUUGAUCCAAACAAUGGCCCUAAAUUAAAGGUGCACUUCCUUGUUUGAAUGUGAGUUAACACGGCCAGAACUUCUUCACAAUAUUCAUGUAAAAGACGUCUGGUCUAAGUCCAGGUAGAUGCUUCAGUGGUGCUGUUCUUUCUGUGGUUUUUAUUAAUUAACUAGUCUAUUGAAGCCAUCAAACUUAAGUUUAUUCUGUGCUGCUGAUGGAGGUUUACUGUAAAACUUGUCGCCAUAGCAGCAUCCACCUGAGGCUUUGUAGGGAGCAUUACCAAGCCUAUAUUGUCAACACAGAUGUUCAUAUUCAAGAUGUGAAUUGUCUGAAUGAAAUAUCAGUUAUAUUAGAAUCACUGCUUCCUUUAAAACCAAAAUUAUGGCACAAGUUGCAUCAUUUUAAAAUAUUUAUUAGUCCUUAGUGCUUUGAUUUGGCUGAUACACGUGUCUAUCCUCAAUGGACUUAAUGGUUGCUUAUGGGAUAUAUUUGUAUUUUGCCCUAGUUUACAGUUUUAGGUUGUGUCAAAGAUUUGCAACUUUCCCUGUCCUGAACCAAGAUUUUUCAGUCAGCAUAGGAAAAUUAAGCUUUGAGCAAAACAUUGUUUAGAUCUUUAACAAAAGAAAUAUGACAUAUUAAUGUUAACAUACAUCAGUAUUCAUGUGUUAUCUGAGGCAAAAGGAACUUCUCUUAAAAAUAAAUACUGGUCAGGGAAUGCUUUUAACCAAAUUGUGGUAUUACAGUGCACAUAUUUUUAUAGCAAGGUUUUGAUGGGAAUCAAAGUGAAUAUUUAAGGGCAGCAUUUUGAGCCAGAUGGUUACGUCUGUGUUUAAGACUCAUUGUUCUUUUUUCAGAGGAGUCAUUCUCUAGGAAACACAAUCUCGGAUAAAAAAAUUGAGAAAUUUGCUCGAUCUCAUGUUGCUUUUGCAAUUAUAACAUAUUGUAAUCCAAAGAAUAGUUACUGGUUUUGAAGAAGUAUUUUUAAAUGUGUUAUUACAAAGCAUGUGUGUAUUGGAACUGUGUCUAAAUUUGUAUGUUUUGUACCUUUCAUAGUUUACAAGUUUGAGCAUGAUCACUUUUAGGUUGUGGAUUUUUUAAGGUGCGGAACAUAGAGUGUGUUGUUUUUGUCCUGUGGCACAUUGUUGAAUUGUUCUACACGUGUUUGACAGUUUUCUUAACUUUUCUCUUGUAGUUAGUUUAAAAUUAGUACAUAAACUCAAAAGAAGAAAUGUGUGCACACGGCAUGUGUGAUACUGCCAUGAUAUAUGAACAUUUUCAUAUCCCAAAAUAUGAAUCCCUAAAUAUGUUGAAUUAGCAAAACACAACAUGAGAAUAUGUUUUGUCUUUUGGUCAGCAAACACAGUACAACCAUUUCUAAUCUAUGCCAUGAACAUGAGUUUGAAUAUGUCUCAUGUGAUUUAUAUUGUAACAUAAUACCAAGGUAAUGCAGCAGUCAUUAGUGCCAUGUCAGUUUUGUCUGUAUUAGCCACCCCCUAUACGUGUUUCAUGAUGAGUCAUGGUAAUGUAAUACCAUCUGUAGACCACAAGCUCCCUAAAUUUGGAUUCAAAUUCUCCUGUGCAGAUAGUAACAUCUCUGGGACACGUAGCAGAGAACAAGGAGCCACGAGGGGUUGGUAACUCUCAGACUGUUUAGUAAAAUGAUCAUUACCCUUCUCCACACUGUUGUUUGUCUUUAUGACUUUGUUACAGGAACUAAAUAGACAGGUUAAUGCAGAUCGACUGCACACACUCUGGUACACUUGUGAUAGGAAUAUUCUCUAUGUGCCUUCUUUAAACACAGAUCAAUGCAAGCAAAGGCAAGUUUCUUUGGUUCAUUAUUGUGGUUUAUUUAUUUAACCCAGUGUGUGGAAUUGUAUAUAGACAGGUUCCACUGCUUGUGUGAAUACACAGCUUCAAAGUGAAUUAUCAGCAAAUACUGUAUUUUGAAGUUUUACUUAUGUGUGGUGUUAGCAGCUCAAGAAGCUGCAGCUUUUUUCACCUGGUAAGUCUCUCCAGGAAAUUUGUUGCCAGUUUGAAUAAAACACAUUUAAGAUGA